AUGCUUCUCAAAUCCGGCUUGCUGGCUACGGCCACUCUUUCUUCCUCGGUGCUGGCCGCCUUCGGUGUUACCAAGUCUGGAAGCAACUUCGUCGUCGAUGCUGGCUCGAGCAAUGCUUUGGUUUUCACAGUAAAUGGCGCAAACUGCGAUAUCACCUCGAUCAAGUACCGUGGCGAGGAAUUCCAGUAUGCUUCAAAGGGAUCACAUAUUUCUUCUGGCCUUGGUUCGGCCACAGUUUCAUCUGCCAUCAUUGGCUCUGUUGCAAAGAUCACUUGCACGACCUCCACUUUGACCCAUUACUAUGUGGUCAAGUCGGCCGACCCAACCAUCUACAUGGCCACCUACACCACUGCUGAACCAGAUAUUGGAGAACUACGCUUCAUCGCUCGUCUCAACCCUUCGACAUUGCCUUCCGAGUACCCCUUCGGUGUUGUAUCUACAACUGCUGGCUCCAGUUCAACUGUCGAGGGUUCAGACGUGUUUGUCGUAGGUGGUCAAACACGAUCAAAGUUCUACUCCAGUGAGCGCUUCAUUGAUGAUAACAGACAAUGCGUGUACCGUGGAGAAGACGUUCACGUCUGUAUGCUGCUCAACUCUCAGUCGUACGAGAGCUCAUCCGGUGGUCCCUUCUUCCGUGAUAUCAACUCAAAUAAUGCUGGUGAUUCCACAAACCUGUACUUCUACAUGAACUCGGGUCAUGUACAGACCGAGAAGUUCCGCAUGGGUCUUCACGGUCCUUACGCUAUGGCCUUCUCUCGUAGUGGCAUCCCAGCGGGUGGCUCAUCGCUCGACACUUCUUUUUUCAAAGACCUCUCCAUUACCGGGUACGUUGCUGCCUCUGGUCGUGGAACGGUUACCGGUACCGCGACUGGAGUUGGCUCUAGCUUCCAAAAGGUCUUGCACUGGUACAACGACGCUGCGCAAUACUGGGUUUACGCCGACAGCGCCGGCAAGUUCACCUCACCUUCGAUGAAGCCUGGAACAUACACACAGGUGCUAUACCAAGGUGAAUUUAAGGUCAAGGCCACCAGCGUUACUGUCAAGGCCGGCUCCGCCACUACCGCCAAUAUCGCUGCCGACACCGAAACUAAGACAUCUGUCUGGCGAAUUGGUGACUGGGAUGGCACACCCAAGGGUUUCAGAAAUGCCGCGAAUCAACUACGUAUGCACCCUUCCGACUCCCGCAUGGAAUCCUGGGGCUCUCUGACCUACACCGUUGGUUCUUCCAGUCUCGGAAAUGUACCCAUGGCCCUGGUCAAAGGCACAAAUCAGUUGACCAUCAAGUUUACCGGCGCCACCGGCUCAACACUUCGCGUUGGAACCACACUUUCGUUCGCAAGCUGUCGUCCUGGUGUUGUGGUGAACUCUUGGACUGCGACCACUCCGGCAGCACCAACUAAGAUUGACUCCAGAGGCCUGACUCGUGGUGCGUACCGGGGCUUUGGCGAGGUUUAUAACUUCAGCAUCCCGUCCGGAACUCUGACCAGUGGAACGAACACUGUUACCAUCACCUGCGUUAGCGGCAGCACGGGUGACGGCUUCCUUGCGCCGAACGUUAUUCUCGAUGCGAUAGAACUUUUCCAAUAG